GCCGCCCCUGCUUGGCUCAUCUGUGACCUCCAGGGCCCCUGAUCCUGGCCCGCGGGAGCCGCGGCCGAAGACAUGGGACUCCCUCGGAGCACCUGUGACGGCCACCUUGACGGGGGAAGCGACGGUGUCUUCGAGGAAACCGGAAGCCCAUGGUGACCCCUGGCGACCCGGUUUGUUUUCAGUGGGUUUCCAAACACUGGGGAAGCGAAACCCGGUGGCCUUGGGGACGGCCCUACGUAGCCAGGGCUCAGGCUGCCAUGGACACACUAGUGGAAGAUGACAUCUGCAUUCUGAAUCACGAAAAGGCGCACAGAAGAGAGGCAGUCACCCCACUCCCAGCCUACCCCGGCGAUGAGUCUGUCGCCUCACAUUUUGCCCUGGUCACUGCGUAUGAGGACAUCAAGAAGAGACUUAAGGAUUCCGAGAAAGAAAACUCCUUCCUAAAAAAAAGAAUAAGGGCUUUGGAAGAAAAGCUUGUUGGAGCUCGAGCAGAUGAAGAAACCAGUCCUGUGGGACGAGAACAAGUGAAUAAGGCCUAUCAUGCAUACCGAGAGGUCUGCAUCGACAGAGACAAUUUGAAGAACAAAUUGGAAAAAAUAAAUAAAGACAACUCUGAAUCUUUGAAAGUAUUGAAUGAACAGCUACAGUCUAAAGAAGUAGAACUUCUGCAGCUCAGAACAGAGGUGGAAACUCAGCAGGUGAUGAGGAACUUAAACCCACCCUCAUCCAGCUGGGAGGUGGAAAAGCUAAGCUGUGACUUGAAGAUCCACGGCUUAGAACAAGAGCUGGAACUGAAGAAGCAAGAAUGCAACGGCCUCAGAAUGGAGCUGCAGAGAGCUAAACAGACGGGUCCAUCUCAGGAAGACUUUCUGCAGGACAGAGAUGUCGUGAAGCUGAGCUUGUCCAGGAAGGAGCAUGCUCCACACCAGGGCCUUCUCCACAGUGAUAAUAUGCAACAUGCAUACUGGGAACUGAAGAGGGAGAUGUCUAACUUACAUCUGGUGACUCAAGUGCAAGCAGAACUACUAAGAAAACUGAAAACCUCAGCUGCAAUCAAGAAAGCCUGUACCCCAGUAGGAUGUGUUGAAGACCUUGGGAGAGACAGCACGAAAUUGCACUUGACAAAUUUCACUGCAACUUACAAAAGACAUCCCCCUUUGUCACCAAAUGGCAAAGCUACUUGUUAUGUUCCGUCUUCCCCUUUGCCAGGAGAUAGAAAGGCUUUAUCAGACAAAGCAGUUCUUCCGCCAUGGACAGAUAACGAGAGGUUGACUCCUAAUGACGGUGCAGACUUUCAGGAGCACAACUCCUAUGGCAGAGACUCUCUGGAAGAUAACUCCUGGGUAUUCCCAAGCCCUCCUAAAUCCAGUGAGACAGCAUUUGGUGAAAAGAAAGCCAAAAUCUUACCUUUACCCAACAUGCCACCACUGCAUUACUGAUCAACAUAGUCAGAAUUGCCUUUACAAAAGUUAAUUUGAUUUGAUCAGGAGGACACUAACUCACUGGUUCUCUCAAGACAUUGUUCAAACGUGAAGUGGACUUGAUUAAAAUCCUCAGAGUUCUCCAAUAUGUAGAUUUGUACAUUCUGUACAACAUGAUGUCUGUAGUUGAUUUUCCAGUAUGAGAACGUUCAUUUGUACCUUUGAUAAAAAUUACAAAGUUUUGCUUCUUGGAUAAAGGAUGGAAAAGGAAAAUUUGACAUGGUUUUAUAAAAAUAUGUGACCUGCCUAAAUACCCAUUCAUUAAAUAAACAGCAGUCUUUAAUAAGAGAAAAACCAUGUCUGCUGGUUCCAGUUGUAUCAAGAAGCAAAUGGCAGUGUGAAUAGGUUGUGCUAUUGUGACUUCCUGAUGCAUAAGGAUUUGAAAUAUCAUGAUAUAGAAGUAGGUUAUUACAUCUCUAUGCUAUUGUGUUUCAAGUUUUAAGAUUUAAAAUAAUUUUUAAGUAAAAUGUUUGUGUAUACAAUUUUAAAGUACAAUUUGAAUUCUAAAACUUGAACUAAUGACUAAUGAAGCCGACUUUCCCCCAAUAUAUUCAAAUCCUAAAUAGCUAAACAUGAU